UAUUUACUUACUCAGAAAAGUAAAAUAAUAAAAAUGGAAACACGCUAAGCAGGUAGUGUUUAAAGCACCAUGCUUUGCAAAAAUUAAGACAUGAAUGGAGUCACCGUCAAUCUGCGCUGCGCUGCGAGAAAAGAAUUUCGUAAUGGAACAUCUAAUCGGUGAAGGAUCAUAUGCUAAAGUUUACAAAGCAGUAUACAUUGUUGACGAAACCAACACCAUUGAUCAAGCCUGUAAAGUGAUCGAUACGUCCACCGCUCCCCGUGUCUACCUAUACAAGUUCCUGCCGCGUGAACUGGACAUUCUCUCCCGCGUCAACCAUCCCCACAUCAUACACGUCACCAACAUCUACCAACGCUUCGCCAAGUACUUCAUAUUCAUGCGGCUAGGCGAGAACGGUGAUCUCCUAAAUUAUAUAGCAGCGAAAGGCCCCCUGUCUGAAGCCCAGUGCAGAGUUUGGUCGCGGCAGCUGAUGUGCGCCCUAGAAUACCUGCAUGCCCUCAAUAUCGCGCAUAGAGACCUUAAGUGCGAAAACAUCCUCAUCUCUGCAAAUUACAAUGUGAAAUUAACAGAUUUUGGUUUCGUGCGCCCAAUGAGAGACGGUGGGCCCAACGAUGAUCUGUCAAACACAUAUUGUGGGUCUCUCCUGUACGCCGCCCCAGAGAUACUGAAGGGUGUACCGUAUGCGCCUAAAAGGGCCGACUUGUGGUCCAUGGGAAUUAUUCUAUACUCUAUGCUCAAUAAAGCCCUGCCGUUUAAUGAUAAUAAUGUGCUGGUAUUAUACGACAAGCAGAUACAGCGCAAGUGGCGGUUUCGCGCGAAGGUAGUUACUAUGCUGUCGAAUGAGUGUUUGGGCCUAGUGACAGCAUUGUUGGAGCCGAACGCGCAGGCACGGCCCACGGCGUCCGCAGUCUUGCAUGGGCCGUGGAUCGGCAUGGAGCCACGACUAGCCAAGUAUACUCAACUGGAGGAAUCACUGUUAAAAAACGCAAUGAAAGAUUUAGAUAAACUGCAGCAUUUCAAGGAAGGUGAUUCUAAAACAGGUAUACAUAAUAAUACAAUUAAAACACUAAAGAAGAUAGAUCCAAAACUGAUGGCUCCUGUUAAUUGUAGUGGACCUUUAGCGCAAAGAAAAUAACGUAUUUUUUGCUGAACAUAAUAUAAACCAGCCGCAUGUAUUUAGCCAAACUUUUUACGCUGUCUAAGUUGAGCGUAACAGUGGUACAGUCAGCGUCAAAUAUCAUAUUCAUUUUUAUAUGGAGUGUCUACUUAAGAGCCCUUCAACGUGCACACUAGCGCCACAGC